UUUCAUAUUCUUUCUCCAAACCCUGCUGCUACUAAGAAGGAUAUUCACUUUUUAAAAUAUCUCGUAUAAAUAAGCAGGAACACAGGAUGGGGUUCGAUUUAUCUCGACGAGAGCGAGAAUAACCAUAUAGUAGCAGCCAUGAAAAGAAAGAUUGAUAUGUAAAGAGAUUUCCAGGAAACUGCAGGCUGUUCUUGUCAUAGAUAGAGAUUGCAGAAUAAGUUGACCUUAGCCCAGAAAUAGUAAGGAACGGGACAGCGUGGUUUUGUAGAUCAGAUAUCAAUGAGGAUUUGAUUCAAAAUGACGUGCUAGCAAACAUACAGCUGUUGAUUAUACACCAGCAGAUUUGUCAGUAUUACUAAUACUAUAACCUUAAACGUAUGGUAGCUGUAUGUUUCCCAAAGAUUCCACCAUUGCAAUGUUUGGCGCCAUGUGUGAGUGCAAGCAUAAUAAAUUAUAUCAGAUGGAGUAGGCAGAAUAGAUAAAUAGAAAAGAAGUUCGACAGUUUCAAGGCCUGCCUGCCACUUCGCCAAAGGCCUCGGUCAGAUACUCCUAAGAAGGUGGCGAUUCCUUGAUAGGAAUAUCACCGCCAUGUUGCAAAAAUGGUGAUCCUGUGUUUGCAUGGAAAGCAUUUAGGGUCCCCAGCUGUUGACAGGAUUUGAUGGUUAAUUUUACUUGAAAAGUAGAGGAAUAAUAAUGACGAAUUUUAUAGUUGGCCAAUGUCAUUAACCUCUUUGCGGGAAAUACAAGCAAAUUGCAGCAUCUAAAUGCUGUGUAUGUUUUUUUUUUCUAUCUUGUUUAGCAGAAGGCUGCAAGAAUUAGGUGCAUGAAUGCCGACCAACAUCAAUAUCAACAAGCCAAAACAGCCUGCCCACCUGACCAAGAGCGCUUAGGGUGUGCUGAAAAUGGUUUUUCCUUUUUCAGUUUUUCUUUUUCAAUGCAAAAUUGAAAACGUUUUACUGAGCUGAAAAUAAAAUUCUAUAUAAAAAAAUACGAAAUACAUUGGACUUCCAAAGCCAAAAUCAUUCAUGUUCAAUGCACGCAGGGUGCCAAAAACAUUACAAUAGAAUAUGUAACAAAAUGGAAAAAUGAAAAAAGAAAAAAGAAAAAAAGGAAGAGAGAAUGAAGAAUCUAUACAGAAAAGAAUUUAAGGCAGAUAGAAGGAAGAAAGAGAUUGAUGAUUGGCUUCCAAUCACUUCCUCGAGAAAUGCAAAAUGGUGGUAUUCAGCUUUCCACAAUGUUACGGCCAUGGUUGGAGCUGGUGUCCUCAGUCUUCCAUAUGCAAUGGCAAAUCUUGGAUGGGGCCCUGGUACCGUAAUUCUUGUGCUCUCAUGGACCAUCACUUUGUACACCCUAUGGCAAAUGGUUGAGAUGCAUGAGAUGGUUCCUGGGAAACGAUUUGACCGAUACCAUGAGCUUGGCCAGCAUGCCUUUGGUGAAAAACUUGGUCUUUACAUAGUAGUGCCCCAGCAGCUUAUUUGUGAAGUAGGGGUUGACAUAGUCUACAUGGUUACUGGAGGAAAAUCACUUCAGAAGAUCCACAAUUUAGUGUGCAAAGACUGUGCACCGAUCAAAUUAACCUACUUUAUCAUGAUUUUCGCCUCGGUUCAUUUCGUGCUUUCUCAUCUUCCCAACUUUAACUCCAUCUCUGGUGUUUCACUGGCUGCUGCAGUCAUGUCUUUGAGUUACUCUACCAUUGCAUGGUCAGCUUCUGUCCACAAAGGUGUUCAGCCAGAUGUCGACUAUGGCUACAAAGCCUCGACAACUUCUGGAACGGUCUUCAAUUUCUUUUCUGCCUUGGGCGAUGUAGCUUUUGCCUAUGCUGGGCACAACGUUGUGUUAGAGAUUCAAGCAACAAUUCCAUCUAAACCAGGCAAGCCAUCGAAAGGGCCAAUGUGGAAAGGAGUGGUGGUUGCCUAUAUAGUUGUAGCAUUGUGCUACUUCCCAGUUGCUCUGAUAGGGUAUUACAUGUUCGGUAAUAAAGUCGAAGAUAACAUACUCAUAUCGUUAGAAAAACCAACAUGGCUCAUCGUAGCAGCUAACAUGUUCGUCGUUAUCCACGUUAUCGGAAGCUAUCAGAUAUAUGCAAUUCCAGUAUUUGACAUGCUAGAAACAUUGCUGGUAAAGAAGUUGCAUUUCAGGCCUUCCAGAAAGCUUCGAUUCAUUACACGCAAUAUAUAUGUUGCGUUUACAAUGUUCGUUGGCAUCUGCUUCCCUUUCUUUGGUGGUCUUCUGGGAUUCUUCGGAGGAUUUGCUUUUGCCCCAACAACUUACUUUCUCCCUUGUAUCAUGUGGCUGGCCAUCUACAAACCUAAGAGGUUCAGCUUAUCAUGGAUCACCAACUGGAUCUGCAUUAUACUUGGCUUUUUAUUGAUGAUUUUGUCACCUAUUGGAGGGUUGCGGACUAUCAUACUAAAUGCCAAGGGCUACAAAUUUUUCUCUUGAUCAAUCCUCACACAACUCAGUGUAAAUUCUGAGAACUAUAUUAGACUGGCGCCCUGUAGCUGUAUUAAAAAUAAGAUGUCGUUGACAAUAAGUCAGGCUCAGUUUGUGCAGAAGUCAUUGCUGAUCGGUAGGUAUUGUCUUUUCCAGUGUCCAGCAAUGUUGUUUUCAAGCCUUGCCACAGUUUGUGUUUUAUUUGAACUACAGUUGCCUUGCAUUUUGCGUGUCAGCAGAACAUAAUCUUAUUAUUUGUUUUUGGUAAACAA